AUGAGCUGGGAGAACCGUAGCAGCGUAUCUGAAUUCCUCCUCCUAGGGCUCCCAAUCCAGCUGGAACAGCAGAAGAUGUUCUUCACUCUGUUCCUGGGCAUGUACCUCACGACGGUGCUGGGGAACCUGCUUAUCAUCCUGCUCAUCAGGCUGGACUCUCAUCUCCACACCCCCAUGUACUUCUUCCUCACCCACUUGGCCUUCACCGAUGUCUCUUUCUCAUCUGUGACUGUCCCAAAGAUGUUGAUGGACAUGCAGACUGAUCACCAACCCAUCCCCUAUGUGGGGUGCAUUGCACAGAUGUACUUUUUCAUAUUUUUCACUGACCUGGACAGCUUUCUUAUUACAUCAAUGGCAUAUGACCACUACGUUGCCAUCUGUCAUCCCCUCCACUACACCACUGUCAUGAGGGAGGGGCUGUGUACCUUACUAGUAGCUGUAUCCUGGUUUCUUUCCUGUGCCAGCUCGCUCUCCCACACAUUUCUUCUAACCCGGCUGCUCAGUCCCAACUACAGCAGCAGCACCUCAGGCUUCAUUCUUCUGGGCCUCUCCUCCAACCCUCAGCUGCAAAAACCCCUCUUUGCUGUUUUCUUCACCAUGUACCUGGUCACCAUAGUGGGAAACAUCCUCAUAAUCCUGGCCAUCCACUCUGACUCCCGGCUCCAUACCCCCAUGUACUUUUUUCUCAGCAGCUUGUCCUUCAUGGAUAUCUGCUUCACAACAGUCAUUGUGCCCAAGAUGCUGAUAAACUUACUCUCAGAGACAAAGGCUAUCUCCUAUGUGGGCUGCCUGGUCCAGAUGUACUUCUUCAUGGCCUUUGGGAACACCGAUAGUUAUCUGCUGGCCUCGAUGGCCAUAGAUCGGCUGGUGGCAAUCUGUAACCCCUUCCACUACAACGUGGUCAUGAACCCACAGCGGUGCCUCCUCAUGCUACUGGGUUCUUGCACCAUCUCCCAUCUGCACUCCGUGCUUGGGGCACUGCUCAUGUCUCAUCAGUCUUUCUGUGCCUCUCACACCAUUAAUCACUUUUUUUGUGACACCCAACCUGUGCUAAAGUUGUCUUGCUCUGAUACCUCCCCCACCCAGACUGUGGUCAUGACUGAAACCCUGGCUGUCAUCGUGACCCCUUUCCUGUGCAUACUCUUCUCUUACCUGCGAAUUGUCAUCUCUGUGCUCAGAAUCCCCACUGCAGCCAGGAAGAGGAAGGCCUUCUCUACCUGUGGCUCCCACCUCACUGUAGUGACCCUCUUCUAUGGUAGUAUCAUCUAUGUCUAUUUUAGGCCCCUGUCCAUGUACUCAGUAGUGAAGGACCGGGUAGCCACAGUUAUGUACACCAUGGUGACACCCAUGCUGAACCCUUUCAUCUACAGCCUACGGAACAAGGAUAUGAAGAGGGGUUUGGGGAAACUAAGGGACAGAAUAUACUCUUAG